UGCCAUGGCACGAACAAAGCAAACAGCCCGUAAGUCCACUGGUGGUAAGGCUCCCAGGAAGCAGUUGGCAACCAAAGCCGCCAGAAAGAGCGCACCGGCCACCGGAGGUGUCAAGAAACCCCACCGUUACAGGCCCGGAACUGUAGCCCUGCGUGAGAUCCGCCGUUACCAGAAGAGCACCGAGCUGCUCAUCCGCAAACUGCCAUUCCAGCGGCUGGUCCGUGAGAUCGCUCAGGACUUCAAGACCGACCUCCGUUUCCAGAGCUCCGCCGUGAUGGCUCUACAGGAGGCGAGCGAAGCCUACUUGGUGGGCCUGUUCGAAGACACCAACUUGUGCGCAAUCCACGCCAAGCGAGUCACCAUCAUGCCCAAGGACAUCCAGCUAGCCCGCCGCAUCCGCGGAGAGCCCUUCUUGGGUUUUGGAGAUUUCGGCUUCUUGGUCGGUGGCUUGGAGACCUUCUUCGCCUUAGGAGAUUUGGCCACCUUAGCGGCCUUGGGUUUGGCUGCGGCUGCCUUCUUGGGUGUUUUCUUCGCAGCGGUCACCUUAGGUUUCUUCUCCCCUUUCGGCUUGGCAGCAGCGGGCUUUUUCGCUGGCUUCUUGCCUGCAGACGCAGUCUUGCCUUCUCCCUUGACAGAGAGCUUGAAAGAUCCGGACGCGCCCUUGCCUUUCGGCUGGGUGAGAGUGCCGGAUGCCACUGCAGACUUGAGGCCGUUUUUAGGGAGUGGGGCGUGCGACAUGGUCCCGCACACAGCUCCACAGGGAUCGGUGAGCAGCUUAACCGCCGAAACCGUACAGAGUGCGGCCCUGGCGUUUCAGAGCGUAGACCACGUCCAUGGCGGUGACGGUCUUUCUCUUGGCGUGCUCAGUACUCCCGUUGGUGGAGACCUUUGGCCAAUUGAAAGCGGAACACUAACCGUCGAGACCCACCCGCCAACCCUCGUGUUCAUCAUUCUCUCGCUUUCGCACCUUCCGAAAGAGAUUGCCAUGGCACGAACAAAGCAAACAGCCCGUAAGUCCACUGGUGGUAAGGCUCCCAGGAAGCAGUUGGCAACCAAAGCCGCCAGAAAGAGCGCACCGGCCACCGGAGGUGUCAAGAAACCCCACCGUUACAGGCCCGGAACUGUAGCCCUGCGUGAGAUCCGCCGUUACCAGAAGAGCACCGAGCUGCUCAUCCGCAAACUGCCAUUCCAGCGGCUGGUCCGUGAGAUCGCUCAGGACUUCAAGACCGACCUCCGUUUCCAGAGCUCCGCCGUGAUGGCUCUACAGGAGGCGAGCGAAGCCUACUUGGUGGGCCUGUUCGAAGACACCAACUUGUGCGCAAUCCACGCCAAGCGAGUCACCAUCAUGCCCAAGGACAUCCAGCUAGCCCGCCGCAUCCGCGGAGAGCGUGCUUAAGUCACUUCAGGGGGACCCUUCGUGCUCGCCCGCACCAAAAAACGGCCUUUCUAAAGGCCACAAAUACCCAUUGUCGUUGUUACACUAGCUACGACGCAACCUCUUUCAGUACGUACUACGAACAACCCAUCGCUGUAGAGACUAUUAUACGAGAUUUGCACAGUUUACGCGUACUGGCUGCAUCACAAUCAGUCUAAUACCUACUCUGACAUCAACCAUUUAUCUUUAUUAUCUACCAACAAUAGUUGACUUCGACUUGAAUCGAAACAUUAUCUAGUGGUUCAUUACAAGAGAGAACGAAAAAUCUUUAACUAUUUGUCUGGUAUUAGUGUUAUCACAAUUUACAUGAUCUGCAUAAUCAAAGGUGAACACUGUGUUUCAU